CGCCUCCGCCGCCACCAGCACAUCGGGAACAGCCGCGGCCGCAGCCAGAUCGGGGGCCGGAGUCGUGGCCGGAGUGGAGAAAGAGCGUGUGAGUCGCCAGUGCCGGAACACCUCAAACUCUGGGCGGGAGGUCGCCCCUCCGCACCUGCCCCCCAGGCCCAGAGAGCAGGGCUGGGGUCUCCCCAGGCGCUGGACUGGCCCCUCUCAGGCCGAGCCCUCGGAGCCGGGCCCAGAGUCUUCCUCGAUUUGGGGCUUCCUUCAAACUCAGGACAGAGAGCACCCACGACCCGGGCAUUUUGUUGUCGCCCAGGCUGUGUCUUGGUUGUAGCAACUGGGAGCCCCCUCCUGCUGCCACUUCUCCAGCGAAGGAGGGACUGACGUGUCCCCACUGUCUCGUUCUGCGCUUCUCUCUCUCCUCCCAUUCAAGAACAAGUUUCGUUUCCCUCUCCAUUGGAAAUCCUGUCCUGGAAGUCCAAACACCCAUCUGUGUGUCCUUCUGCAGCUCCUGGGGCACCCUUAGAAAUAUCUGCUUAUCAGGGGUGAGAGUUGCUCGUUCUUGACUUGGCUUUUUAACCCCCUUUGGGAGACAGAAGUUGUCUCCUUAACACCUCUGAACUGACACUUCAUGCCCAGCACCUUAUUCAAUUGGAUCACCAGCUCCCUGGCCAUAUCUAUGUGACUUCCCCCACCAAUCUGAGUUCCAGUUUCCUCUGGGCUCCAAUCUCCAACUCCCAGCGGAUCUGGUCAGUCCCACCCCUGGGUGGGAGUGACCAGGGGGCUCUGGCCCAGGAACUCCCAUCCUGGAAGGCAGCUCCAAGGUAGCAAGAGAAUUGGGCAUCGGAUACGAACCAGGAAGCUCUGGAGUGGGUGCUCCACUCACCCCACACAAGAAGAUGAAAAAGCGCAAAGAGCUCAAUGCAUUGAUUGGCUUGUCUGGGGACAGCCGGAGAAAGAAGCCCAAGAAAGGCUCAGGCCACCGCCUUCUUCGCACUGAGCCUCCUGACUCAGACUCAGAGUCCAGCUCCGAGGAGGAAGAGGAAUUCGGUGUAGUUGGAAAUAGCUCCCGGUUUGUCAAGGGAGACUAUUUACGAUGCUGCAAGAUCUGUUAUCCCCUCUGUGCUUUUGUCAUCCUUGCCGCCUGUGUCGUGGCCUGCGUUGGCUUGGUGUGGAUGCAAGUUGCUCUGAAGGAGGAUCUGGAUGCCCUCAAGGAAAAAUUUAGAACAAUGGAAUCUAAUCAGAAAAAUUCAUUCCAAGAAAUUCCCAAACUUAAUGAAGAACUACUCAGCAAACAAAAACAACUUGAGAAGAUUGAAUUUGGAGAGUUGGGAUUGAACAAGGUCUGGAUAAACAUCACAGAAAUGAAUAAGCAGAUAUCUGUGUUGAAUUCUGCAGUAAACCACCUCAAAGCCAAUGUUAAGUCAGCAUCAGACUUAAUUAGCCUGCCUGCCACUGUAGAGGGACUUCAGAAGAGUGUAGCUUCCAUUGGCAAUACUUUAAACAGUGUCCAUCUUGCUGUGGAGGCAAUACAGAAAACUGUGGAUGAGCACAAGAAAGCCAUGGAGUUACUUCUACAGAAUGAUCCGAAUCAGCAGUCCUUGAAGGAGACCAGUGGAAGCAACCAGAUUAUUCCAUCACCUUCAGCUCCAUCAGAACUUGACAAGAAAACCCACAGUGAGAAUAUGAAACAGAUAGGUGAUAGAGCUGCCACUCUGAAAAGAGAGUCUUUGCAUCAGGUGACCAGCAGAACAGAUGCAGUAAAAACCCAAAGCAUGAAGGAAGAAGAUAGUUCAGAUUCUCAGGUAUCCAAGCUGAGAGAGAAACUACAGCUGAUCAGUGCUCUCACCAACAAACCUGAGAGCAACAGGCCUCCAGAGACCACCCAUGAAGAGCAAGUACAGAGUUUCACAUCAAAGCCAUCAGCAUUGUCAGAAGUUCCACAGUCUCUUGGAGACCACAUUGAGAAAACUGCCCAGCGAAGACCUAUCUCCCUACCAGGAAUUUCUAGCAUCAAAGAUCUUCAGGAUUUAUUCCAUGAGACUGGCCGGAACAUGGAUGGGAAGCUGACCUACCAGGAAAUUUGGAACUCCUUAGGUUCUGCGAUGCCAGCACCAGAGAGUUUGAGAGAGUUUGAUGCUAAUGGAGAUGGAAAAUACUCAUUCCUGGAGCUAAGAGUAGCUGUAGGUGUCUAGCCUCAUUGGACAUUCUUAGAAAUGGAUAUAGCCUGGGCUGCCUAGUAUCUACUCAACUAACAAAAACAACCCUUCUGUUUACCUGUCAGUCUUCCAGUCCUCCAAACUAUUGUAGCAGACACAUUGCCACCUUUUAACAUGUUUGAAAAAGCUAUAUAAAAGUUAUUUUUUUAAAAAAGACCAUUUUGCUUAUGAUAUUCUGAAAUCUAUGAUUUCCUGAAACCAGGAAGAUCUUAAUUCUAAAAUUGCCAGAAUAAAAGUGAAGCCCUUCUUUUUUCUCCUUCCCUUUUUUGAGGGAAUGAGACCUUAUCUUUUAGAACUGGAAAAUGUGUAUAUAGUGAGAAUAAGCCACCUUUUAUAUUUCACAUAAAUUUGCCUUAAAUUAGCUGCACUUUAUACAGACUCAGAAAAUGUCUUUCCUUUAAAAGAUAGAUUUUUUUCUGUAUGUAAAUAUUUAAAAUGAAAAAGAGUUCUGCAUAUUUUGUGGGAAAUAAGAGGAAUGGUUUGAAACAGGAUGUGAACAAAUGACUUAUUAUUAAAAAUCGCUAAUUUGAUCUGGUAGCUGCUAAAACUAGGUCCAUGUCUCCUUCAGGCAUCUCCUUCAGGUGCUGCCACAGGGUUUAGUCUGGGGGCUGGAGCAAUAUAUUUAGGGAGUGGACACUGGGGACAGUGUAGCCUCUAGGCUCAGGAAAGUAAGAUCUGGCGCUUUGUUUCUGUCCCGGUAAUUAAUCCCAACCUGUGAACCAGAGAAGUCUUCUUGAACAUUUUUAUUAUUUUCUAUCCUAUUUUAGGGUUUAUGAGCAUAACAGGUUAUUCAGUGGGGAGCUACAUUUUCCUCCCUGAGUGAGCAGAAUUACACACACACAUUCUCUCUUUCUCUCUCUCUCUCUCUCUCUCUCUCUCUCUCUCUCUCUCUCUCUCUCUCAUCUGUCUUAAAGCUGUGGCUGACUUCCACCUCUGAUACUGUCUCCAUUCUGAAUGGCAGGGCUGAAAGUCCCUUGGCCACUGUCUCAGCCAGGUUGCCCAGGAGCUUUAGAGGAGAGCUGUGCCUCUAAUUCUGACCCAGGAAACUCACUGAGAUUUUACCUGGGGGCUAACCAAGAACCUAAUAUGUGCCUCUGGGAACUAAGGCCAAAUACGUAUUAGAUUUAUUUAUAAUUAUCAGGUCAAGAGUAGCUGGAGGCUUUAUGUCCAGAGGAUGCCAAACAAUAGCAGGCAGGCCUUGAACAUUGGGCUUCAUGUGAUGGUAGCAAGUGUUUUCAAACCUAAUACAAGCAAGUGCAAUACUUUUCCCUUUAAAUACUUCUGUAGCCUGGUACUAAAGGACCUGUGUUUGCGAUGUUGUUCUCAGAAGGAGUCUUUGAACAACACAAAAGGAAAACACUUUGCAAAACUUAACUGUGCUGUAGGCCAAGUCAGGGAGAAACUAGAGAAGCUUUUGUGGAUUGACUUCUUUAGUGGAGCUCAUUUCCAUUUCAACUUUUUCCAUUUUAAUCUUGUUCAAGUUGCCCAGUUAACCAUGGAUGCAGCCAAACAUUCUUAACUAUUUAAGGGCUGGUUUUAUUUUGUUUUUACUUCACAUGAUAUUCAGCUUAAUGUAGCUAAUCUUGAUUUUUUUUUUCCUAGAAAUACUAAAAUUUAGUUAAAGCAAGAUGAAGUCUUUUCCCAUGAAUGUGUCUGCUUACCUCAUAUGGCUUAUGCUUCUAAGAAAAAAAAUUUUCCUUGCCCAUCAAAGCUAUUUCAUUUUCUUGGAAAGGUUAAAAUAUAGUAUAAAAUUUGUCUGGCACUUUAGGUAACUUGAAGAUUACUCUUCUGGCUGCCUCCCAUGCCCCCCUCCCCUUUUUAAUAUAUAUACCCUGACGGAUUUUGUAACAACCAAAUAACAUUCUAGCAAUAAAUUGAAUUAUACUACUAUAUUUGUAUAUACUGUACCAUAAAUAGUAUGUCUGUACCUGGAAGGUAUUUUUUUGAGAACUGAUUUAUAUGAAAUAUACUUGAGGGUAAUGUAGCUUGUCCUUUUUAGUUUCAAAUUCUUAUUCAUAGGCAGAUACUUUGAAGACACCUUAACUCUUUGUUGUAUGUACUUUUCUUUUGUAUCAUAUAGCUAUCCAAGGAGGAGUCAUUUUUGUUUUUUAGUUUAUCAUCUGUUCUUACCUCACUUGUCUGGCUAACAUCAUCCCUGAGUCAGGUAUAUAGUAUCAUCCUCUCCCCUUACCCAAUUUGGCAGAGAUGUUCCUGCUACACUCUCAGACUUGUGAAAUACCCUUGUCACACAGCCUGGGAAAGUGCUCUAUCUCCCAGGCAGAACUAGGGCACCUUGAACUCCUUUGUUUUAAGUUGAGCAGAUUCCUUGGCUUAAGAGCCUUAGAAGCCUAUUACUCAGUGUUAAUUUGAGAUUUUAUUUGUAAAUUGUCUUAACUUACCCAACCUGUGACUUGUAUGUAGCUGUAAAUCAAGCAUCACCUGCCACAUCUCAGCUCUGAGAGGAGAGUCAACAGCAGCAGUGAGCUUGGUUUUGGUUUUGGUUUCAAAUACUUUGACAUUUUUCACUCUGGCAGCUCCUACUGCUGCUUUUCUAAGUUACUCAAAGCACUACUUCUUGGUCCUUUUUUCUUUUGUCUUGUAGUGUCUGGUAUCAUGUUUACUUAAAGGGGAAAAAGGUUUUGUAGGAAAAAAACAAAAGAAGAGAGGACUAGCUUAGAUAUGACUAUGGUGUUGUCUUAAGGGCAGAGAGGGGCCUGGCACUUAGGAAUGUGUCUCAAACAGAAAUGCUAAAGAAUGAACACUCUUCACCUACUGGCUACUUUCCAUUGACAUUUCCUCACUUUGUGUUGCUGGACAGAACACUCUCAGUGCCCCCGCUGGUCUUGCCGGUCACAGUUGAAGAUUUUGACUGUGAUGGGCUCAUACUCAUAAUGGCCUGCUGUUGAGUUGUUUUUAGUGACAGCUUUCGUUUGCUAUACACCUCAUUGGCUUGCUUACCAACACCAGCUAGAUGCGUUCCCUUUCAUAUCCAAACCAGAACACAUUUGGGUAUUCCUGAGACUUUAUAGAGCGUGUAUUGUUUGUUAUAUGAACCUAACCUACCUUGUUGUUUUCUCACAUUAAGAAAUGUCAAUCUACUUUGCUUUAGUGGAGCUAUUUUGGUAAUGUAUAAGCAGUUUGGGUUCUGUUUGGGUGUGAAUUCAAGGUUUCCAUGACUUGAUUUGAACUUUGCUUAUUUCAUAUCAGUAA